AUUUCGUCGUCAACACCGGAUUCAGUCGGUCGGCUAAAGGUUCAAUGAAAACUCCUCCGACAUUCGCCGUUCGCUCCGAUCUACAUUAUCGCUAUAAUAUUAUUAGCUGUAUCGUCGCCGCCGCGUCCGAAUUUCACGUCGCCAGCACAUUACCUACUGCGACUUACACUUUACAGCAGCAAGAAACCCGCGUACGCCAUCCAUUCGACGAUUCUCCGCGGCACGUGUCCGUCCGCGAUAACCGUAUCGCUAUAUCAUAACACCGAUAUCCACAGGUGUCUAAAGUAAUAAUAAAUUAUAAUAUAAUAUUUCGAAUAUUAUCGUAAAUAUCGUCACAAACCUAUGGCAUUGCGACAGUUGUAAUAGUCGUUGUUUUUCGCUUUCGUUUCGUCGCCUGCAACCUAUUAUUUCUCCUCGAUCGAAUUUUUUCAUCGAUUUUCUCGCAGCUUCAAUCCGUCGAUCUGUUCGCUUUCAACACCAAUAUUAGAUUACUAAAUCGCCCGUCGUAAUACGCGACAUAAUUACCGGAUACCGACUACCGGUGCCGCGGUAUAAUAAUAUUAUCAUAUUAUAACGACUGUGCUCGCUCGCGUAAUAGGCAGCCGGUCAAUCCGUCGUCGCCGACGGCGGUCGUGUAACCGCAUAACACAUACCAAUCGCCGACCAGAAGUCCCGGCGAUCGCGUUGUCUUACUCGGUAAAAACUCGUACGACACCAGUGUCGGGUACACCGACCUGUUGAAAAAUCGUCAGCGCCGACCGCUGUCCGUCUGAAAAUCGGAUUCGCGCCGUCUGACGUUUGCGCGCGCAAAUGAAAUGCAACAAAUUAUAUUUGGAAACGCUAGGUACGGUCUAUGCGGCUUUGGACUUCUCAUCAUUUCUUACGCUCUGUUUUUCUUCAACCCGGUGGAAAUAAUAAAAUCAGCGAAGUUGAAAUUCGUCGAAGGAUCGUACGCCUUUCAACUGUGGCAAAAACCCCCGGUUAAAGUGUACGUCAACGUGUACAUAUUUAACGUGACUAACGCAGAUAGAUUUUUGGCGGGCGAAGAUGAAAAAUUGGAUGUCAAGGAAGUAGGCCCGUAUGUUUAUUGGGAGGAGCUGGAAAACACGAACACAACGUUUCACGACAAUGACACUGUAACGUACAUCCCGAGGAGGAAACUACACUUCGAUCUCAAUUUGUCAGUCGGAGAUCCCGAAACAGAUCGAAUCGUCGUUCCUAACAUCCCCUUAUUGGGAUUCAGUUCGAUGCUCCGGAGCUCACCGAUGUUCGUGAAUGUCGUGUUCAAUUCGUUGGUCGAAUACCAGGACUCACAGCCGAUACUCGACCUGUCGGUAAAUGAAUUCCUAUGGGGAUACGACGACAAGUUAGUGAAAAUGGCCAGCAGUGUGUUGCCCACGUGGAUCAAUUUUUCCAAAUUCGGCCUACUCGAUCGGAUGUUAGACGAAGGAACCAAUGUCGUCACAAUGACAGUGCCAUCGGAACGACAAACAAAACGUCCCUAUACAAUAGAUAACUUUAAUGGAUCACCGAUCUUACACCAAUGGGCCAAUGCAGAUGAACCUAAUGAGAUGAAUAAAUGUUCCUUGAAUGCAUCAUCGGAGGGAUUACUGUUCCCCAGACACUUGACCACAGACAUGAACUUUCCAAUUUAUCGAAAAGCCUUUUGCAGGACAUUGCCCCUGACUUACAGCUCUACCAGUGAUAUGCCCAUUGGGUACCCUUCUGUUUAUUUAUACAAAUUCUUGCCAGAAGUCUUUAAUUCUUCUCUGGACGAUAAUAAAUGUUAUUGCCCUCGAGACGGAUGCUUGCCGAUCGGACUGUCUGACAUAUCACCGUGCUAUUACAAUAUACCGGUGGCAGUGUCGUUUCCACAUUUUUACGGCGGCGAUCCGGCGUUGGUGGAUAAUGUCAAUGGAAUUGCUCCCAACAUGGAAAAACAUCAAUCGGUAGUUGCCGUACAACCGGACCUCGGCAUACCGCUGGCCGUGAACAUCAAAAUCCAGCUGAAUCUGAUCAUAAAGGCCACGAGGUACGUGAACCGCGCCAAGAAGUUCAACGGAUUGACGUUGCCGAUAUGUUGGUUGCAUUUGGAAGUGAAGAGCCUGCCCAGCUCGCUGAACGCGCUGCUCUACCUGUGCUUCAACGUCGGACCGGCGCUGGUCAAGGCUGUCGUCGCGCUCACAGCCUCCGUGGGCUUCUUCCUGGUCGGUCUGGCCGUCAUGCGGUUUGGCAGAGGUCAGCAGAAAAAGCAGCAUCCCGUCAACGGGUCGGCGGCCGGAGAUCACGAGGGCGGUCGUGGCAGGGGCUGCGGGGACGACGACGGCGACGACUACGAAGACGACGGCGGUGGCGCAGAGUCGGGUGGGCUGAUCGCCAAGACGUGUGGGCCCGCGGCCGGACGGUACCGCGACAAGUCAUCGUACCUGCCGUUGCACCGGGUCACCGUUCCGGGGUCGUCGUCGGUCGUCGUCGAUUACGAUCGCUCGCAGGACUACGCGAGAGGACGAUGACGACGAGACGAUAGUGACACUACCUACCUAUUUAUAUAUUACAGAAUAUCUCGUCAUUAUUGUCUUCACACGCCUAUUAUGUAUACGCGCCAUAUUGUCGCGUGAUUUAAACGUUAUUUAUUCAUUAUUAUUGUCAUACCAUUGUAAUAUUAUAUUAUGUUAUAUACUAUGUACUUACGCUCCGCGGGUGUCAGCCAGCCUGGGUUAGGUCAGGUUACCCAGCCCAACCCAACCAACAACCUAUACCAUAUAUUUACCAUAUAAUAUGACGUGUAUUAUGGAAAUUGAUCUGGGGGUACGUGUACGCCCCUCGCUAUUUACCUAAGUAUUAUAUCGAAGCAAAAUGUCGCCACUUAUACCUACCUACCAUAUAUUUUAUACCUAAAUCGUCCUCCCUUCAGUGGUCGAUUUCGUAAAACGUCCGUGAGAAAACUGCAUAUCCGGAAUAAUGGCACACACAAUCACGCAUAGGCAGUCCGUGUCGUGGUAGGUGGGCGAAGCUCAUUCAUUUUUUUGUCUCUGUCCUCAGUCUCCUGCCGCUGCCCCUUAGCCAUUUUGGGCGAUCGUAUUCAACCUAACGUGGAAGAUCUGAUCCAAAGCUUAUAAUAAUUGUAUGCAAAUAUAUACGCGUAGGAACUCAAAUUUUGGGAAUUUUUUUUUGAACUUUUCACGUAUUCGCAUCACAUUAUCAUGAAUUUGAUAUGAUUUGAUUUGUAUGACGUCAUAAACGCCGUCGUUUCCGUCCUUCACGCAUUAUACCGAUCAUUACUGUAAUGGUGUAUCGGUAUUUUUUCCGCAAUAUUUCCGUUGAAAAAUGUUCGUCUAUAUCAACACCUCCCAAUAACGUAGUUUGUGCCCUCUACACUCACGUUUCUACUAAUAAUUCGAACACGGUGCUCGGCGACGUAUAUUAUUAUAAUACAAUAACGUCACUUCACCUACCUACGACCGAAUCGGGACCAAUAGGUAGCAAAAGUCAAUAACACCGCAAUUAUAACUAAUACGCAAGUGAACAUAAUACGUGGUUUAAUGAGACCUCGGGUGUCAAAACCUUAGCACAAUAUAAUAUUAUAUACGCGACCCGAGCUUCUAAAUACAUUAUUGCAGGAUAAUUUCAACUCGUUUCCAAGUCCAAGUCCCGACCACCUAAACGCGGUCCGAAGUAUCGCAAUACCUUUGUCGUUUAAUGUCAUCAUAACGGUUAUUAUAUCGGUGAAAUUAAUUUACUCGUUUCAAAGGUUCGCGUGAACUCAAAGUCGUCGUACAUAAAAACGCCCUCAGCCAGAAUGUUCGGGUCGGUCGUGCCAGGGAAAAAGCGGCGAAAUUGUCGGGAAAAAAAUUCGGCAGAGCAGUUGCACUGCAUCACAAUAAUAUAACACAUCGGUAUAGGUAGACUGCUGCUCCAGACACGCCCAGAUUUCGACAUCGGAUUUUAUGACCCUAGAUAUUAUGAUAUAUGUGUCACAAGUUCCCCGAGGAGAUUGCGAUUAAAGGGGGCGCGGAAAUAACCUGAAUCUCGACACUGCCGUGCAGACGUCGCCCCUGUAAUAUAUGUUUAUAUGAUGUACAACUUCUUUUUUAUUUUUGGACUUCUUUGUCGAACGAAUGCUCCCGAAAACCCCAAGAUAAUUCGUUUAGGUUUCUGGGUACAAUAAUAUAUACCAUAUUAAUUGAACGGAAUCACCACACCCCACGCAUAGUAUAAUAAAUAAUACAUUAUAAGGACGAUGGAAGUUACACGUCUCAAAAAAAUUAUCGAUACACAUUAUAUUAAUGCAUGAUAUUAUACCCACUACUUACUUUGCCGAAGAAUGUUUUCCCUCGAGGGAUUUAUCGAAAACCUUUGAAACAUCAUCUCCUCGCUAAUAAAUGAUUAAAAACAAAUUAUGUUUCACUCGCCUUACCUUAUUGUAUUAUUAUUAAAUUACAUAAAUAUUUAACGGAACUUGUAAAAUGAUCGUUAUUGUACACAACUCGUGGUUGUUACUUGUUUAAGAUAUGCACCUAUUUAUCAUACAUCGAAAUACAUUUUUGUGGCAACUGCAAUAAUAAUAAUUAACUUGCAGUGUAUUUAAGUUGUACGA